AUGGGGUUCUGGGUGGACUGGGAGCUAUGGCAGAAGCUGAGCUUGGUACUUGCCAUGUUGAUCGCCGUGGUGUUCAUCUACGCUUUUUGUGUCCUUGGCUGGAAUCGCUGGAGACUGCGCAAGUAUGCCGCAACAGAGGCGGAAGAUCGUGAAAAGCAAGCCGAGCUGUACCCGAUGCUGCACCAGGAUGACAUCCCCUUCGGUGCCAGGGCUUUGCACAGAGGGAUCGAGGUAGAAGGGAUCUGGAUUUCGACUCCCAAUACACCCAUACAGAGUCCCUGCCAGCCCAUUAGUCCAGCUGCGAGCCGGCCUGCAACUCCAGCACCGAGGCCGCUGCCGAGAAGCUUCAGCUCCAUGUCUUCCGCCUCCGUCGGAUCCCAGAGUCCACAGAUUACCACAAAGCCCACACUCUCGGUUGGACCUCAGCGUUCCCGAAUGGCUCCGAAGACCAUACCAACGGCUGCCCGGCAUGGAGUCGUGUCCGAGGUAGACCUAGCCUCCGCGGGCUUCAAUUGUGAAGAUCACAGACGCGGCGAUCAUUACAGCCGAGCCAGUCUGCCCAUCAAUCCAGAUGACCUCCGAAUAUCGCCUGUGCAAGAGGAAUCACGGGUAGGGAUGAAAGACACAAAACGCAGUGAGAAGCGACCCGGUAUUCACGCGCUGGUUUCCGGCCCAAGUCCUCGUCCUUAUACCAAGGAGUACCGAGCUGGUUUCGAUGGCGCCGGCGGUGACCUAGACCAUGUCCCAGACAUGACCGAACUCUCGUCUCAUAGUCCCUCAGAGAAUAAACGGACCUCCCGAUUAUCGAGGGUUCUUCGUCGGCGAUCAUCCGAGGAAUUCCGGCGCAGGAUGAGCCAGAUUUUCAACGAAAAUAUCAGAAUGGGACUGCCAGCAGAGCAGCUGGAGUUCGGCCCAACUUUGCGCGAGUACCAACGACGGAAUUUCCGCAAUCCCUUCCUUCGUCCCUUCCGGCACCUGCGCCACUCUUCUGGAAAUGGAUAG